CGUUCGGAAACUGCCCCGAGCGAGCAUUGGUGAGUGGAAGAACUCAUUCCGUCUGUGAACGCCGUACGGUUCGGACGUGGCGUACAGAUUUUCAAGCGUUAUAGUUACGAAAGAACGUACAGACCCGUACAAACCGCAAACGUGCUGUGUCAGCUUCCCGUUUCACCGUGAUGGUGGUAACGCCGGUGGUGGUAGUGAAGAAAUCUUGUCAAAUUUAGUGAAACACAACCGAAGGAAGGCCAAUACGGUACAAGUGCCAAAGGCGCGUGGAGGACGCGAAAAUGUUAGCAGAGCUACAGCAGUGGAAAAGGUAGCAUAAAACCGACGAAAAGAUGCUUUUCCCUUGUCAGUGGUUUUUGCAGCUCUGGUAGUAGUGCGAUCUUCAUCUCUUGUUGCAGUGAUUAAUGUGUAAAAGUGUCGCUGCAUCAAGGUGUCGUUGCGCUUACAAAAUCCGAAAGCUUGUCAUUGAGGAUACCUGAAUUGUAACAGUAUGUAACCUUAAACCCGAUCCCGAAAUCGGAUAAGAAGAAAGUGAUUACAUCGUACCAAAUCUCCGUAGUGGUUUGUGUUUUGGCUAACGCAAAGUUUACAACAUUUCAUCGAACGUUAGUACGGUGGCGUUGGUACUUGUGUAAGUCUAUUUUACCACCAUGAUAAAAUGCAGUUCGUACGCGGUAGAAUUUGCACGUCAAAAAAGCGUACGAGAUGACACAAAUGCAUCAUCAGUAGUAGCACAGUGUCGUGUCUCGCUGUAGCUUUGUGUCGAUCGUAUCAAUACCGACACCGUUAUUGUUUGUUGCAUCCGACCGAUUGUGGAUUCAGCUUGUCGGCCAGAGACAAGUUGCCCAACCAAUGCGCUCAAGUGAGUCGAUUAGCACCAGCUGUCGUGGAAAGUGUUGAUUAAUGCAGCUGGAACACAGAGCUCCCUUUACCACAGUUCAGUGUGUUGUUGAGGUUUCAUACGCACCGAAGUGCACUUCAACUUGAAGUGCUCUGGCAUGUGUCAUACAUGUUUUUUAGGGUGGCAAUAUCGAUAAACGCUUUUUGCGUUAUGUUUAGAUACCAAUUAUUGUUAGUUCUUAAUUUUUUAAAUUACAAGUCUUAUUCUAUGAAAUAUGUGAGGCAUUUUAAAAAAUAUUAUGUACUUCGUUUUCAAGGAAUUUCAAUUAUUCCAGCAAUACUAUGAAAUUUAAUAUUGCGCUUUGUAAAAUCAAACCAAGCCCUCUUCAGCAAUGCAAACAAAAUCUUUUCAUUCAACAUAAUUAUAUUGAUUUACAUGCAUGUAAACAAUAUGUGUUAGCUCAUAUAUUUUGAAAUGAAAGAUGAAGAACACUAUUGAAAUAAAUUUCAAUAUUUUCUUUAAAUUACUUCCACGGUAAUCAUUGACAACUUUUACUACUAAUUAAAUUUCCGAUCGAUUGCAAUCAAUGUGAUUUAGGAUGUCUUUGCCAUCGAUUAACAAACUUGAACGGUAAUGAGAAACGGAUUCACCAAUAAAUUGUCUUUACGCUUACCUUUGCCCAAUGCGAUGCUAUGCUCUUUGUUUAUCAUUGUGUGGAUCACCCCGGCGCGGAUACUAUUACACAAACGCCAAGGUUUGCCAAGGUUCGUUCUUAUCCUUUUGAUUUUCGCAUUCACUUUUUGGCAGAUGGGAAACCCUAUUUUCUACGCAAUUAACUCUGAUUAUUGCUUCCGAUAAUAGCCGACAAUGAUUUUUCUGUCUGUAGGCCCCCGGGGUUACCCCCGACCGUCGGAUUGUUUCCUAUCGAUUUGCUACCCUUAUGCCUCAAAGCCGUAUGGUUUGUUUCGGUAAUACCCGUAUAAGCUUAAAUCACGGUGUAUCCCUCUGAUCGUAUCGUUGGUUGAUUGUACCUUUUUUGUUUGGGACUGCCUGAUACCAGGCUGAUACUCAAAACUGUGUGUAUGUAUGUGUGUAAGCGAGCGUGUAACUGUUCUGCAGAAAUAAGCCUGAGAACCAAUACCCUAAGAACCCCUAGUCCCGAACACGUAAAUAACAUCUGGUCAAGGAUCAGUUGCCAAAAACGGGGGAAAAAGGGAUCCUUUUGCCAUCGCAAAUGAACUACCAAAAACACUCAGUUGAAACCUCCCCCCACACGGUUUGCCCUUUCCAACGCAUUCUUGGAGAAUUAAUAAGUUGUACUUGUUUCAUCGCCCACCGAACAGGGACGCAAAACCUCGAUCGACCAGUUGUCGGCUAACGAGAGCUGGCAGAUUUUUAACGAAAAAGCCAUCACACCCCAUCCAUGUUGGGGGUAUUUUAUUGUUGUUUGUUUUGCGCCAAACGUUCACCGCCCUCACCGUGUCCAGUACACGUGGUGCUAGCGUUAAGAAGAUGCUCUACUUUGAUCCCUGCAUCCGACCCAUUUCUUAGCGUAUUUCUUUACAAAACUAAUCGCACCCCCUUUGGCACGGUACGAACGCUGGCUUACGAUCUGACUUUGAUCGGUUGAAAAAGGUGGCUGCUGUAGGCAGGCUGACUGUUCUUGGAACGCUGCUGCCGAAGCGAAGGGUUUGAUGAGAUUUUAAUCAAGAGACAAGGGUUCGUACUAACACGGACACUGUCGGAUGAAAAGCGUUACUACCCAUCGAAGUUUAAGCGUUGAUACAUUUUCACGGAACUGAUUUCAGCUGCAAACGGUUUUUUUUUUGCUUUGACCCGUUUGUAGAACAGGUGCUUGAGGGGAAGAGAAAAUGUAAUCUGUUCUGUCGUUAUAACGUGUUUGAAAUUGUUUGAAUUCGCAUGUUUUACAUAAUAUGCUGGUAAUUGAAAAAUUAUGUUUAGUAGCUUGAUUUAUUAACUGGAAAAUUUGUCUUGAUAAAUUAUUUUAUAAUCAAUGGUCAACUUUACAAAUUCGUGGAACUGUUCGACUAAACAACUGUUUUAUAAAAUCCUUUUAUUAAUUGUAAAAUUAAUUAAUUUUUCUUGCUAUCUAACAGUAAAUGAAAUGGGCUUUUUGGAGUAAUUUUGAAUAAGGAACUGAAAAGAAUAUUCUACCAAUUUUAAAUUGAACGCCGCAUCCGACAUUCGACAAAAAACGGAUGUUAUUCCCAAAUGAUAAAAAGGCAAAACUAGCUCAAAAGAAAAGUUUUGGAAUGACCUACUUACAAAUAUUCGUAAAACAAAAAUAGAACACCAUCGUUCACAACUUAUUAUUGCACCACAUAACUUCCCGUUCGUUGCUGUGUUUGAACCAAUUGGGUCAGCAAAGCUCAAAUCAUUUCAUUGAUAAGGUGCAAUAACUAAAAGCAAUCCAUAAUGUAGCGUGAUUGGAUGAAUACUUUGUGGUUUUUUUUUUGUUUCAUUUCUUUUUUAUUUCAAACAAUAUCCUUCGAUCCUUUCGAUAAAAAAAAAACCACAACGAUUCUAAACAAACGUUCUGACAACAAUGCGCACGGGAAGAAUCUUCUCGAGCACUUCUGAGAAGAAUGCUUUUCCAUUUCCACGUACCAAUGCUAAGAGCUUUUUUCCAGAGAAACCGAUUGUGAAUGAAUGAACCGUGUUAUUUACAAAAAUUGUCUUAUUCCUUCGUUCAAACCAUUUCGGGUUGGUUUUUUUUUGCAUAGACUUCUUUUUUCUGAAAAUAAAUAUCACAAAAGAAGGAUAUUUGUUCGUUUCCCAAGGUCACAAACUAAGGAUAGUUCAGAAUUGUUACGGGGACAACAUUAUGAUACAACUUCUCACAAGCGACUUCGUUAGCAUUCCUUCACGUUUGGCGAAAUCAAACUACCCCCAAAACGAUAUUGCCAAUCAAUAUGCAACGAAGUGUUCUAUUCGCCAAGAAGAGUUCUUGAGAUAUUGGCAAGAGGACUGCUACUCGUUUGCCAGUAGAAUUGUGGUUUGAAGAAAUUUAAAUAUUAUGAAAGACGAUACUCUAAUUUGAUGGCUGAAGAGCAGCCCAUGAAUGGGCGCUACUCGAUCAAAUUGUUGACCGUUCGGAACUGUUGACAGUGCCCGAAACUACGAGCCCCAUUACACCCAUUUCACAUACUUUCAGAUUUAUGUUACCUCCGGUCAAUGGUUUGUAAAUUUCUUAGCCUUAUUUAACUACUUUUCAAACAACGUACCCCAUUGCGAGGUUCCGCUGUUAAAUAUUUUAAACUUUGUACACAAAUUUGCAUUUGUACAAACACGUACCCUUAGCUUAGGGUACGCUUCGCACAGCUCAUAUUUCCCAUCUUUCGUCAAUGUUUGGCAUCGUUUGGAUAUUGCUGCGUAGUACCUAUUUAUAGACUAGCGUCAAUUUUUUCUCUUUACCGCUGAAUCAUGAACAAAAAUUAUCGUUUUCUGUGUUUUGUUUUGUUUUCUACUCCUUCCACCAUGAUCACAUCGACCAUGAUUAGACCAAUACCGGUGGUAUGACACCUUUCCGAAUGGAGACGAUGCAGAAGCGUAUACCUUUUACAGUUUAUUACCCACCUAAAGCCUUCCAUUCCCAACCUUCCAUUGCUAGGUCGUCUUUUGUGGUAAGGGUUUAAGAUUACACAAACAGAAGAACAUUCGUUGGGAUGAAUAUUGGAAUUAUUGAAUUAGAGGUACAAAGGGGUACAAAGUAAUAGAAACAUGAAACAAUUCCAAGAAAUUUGUAGUUUUGAAUUGUGAGUUAAAGUAAAUGUUACACAACAACAAAGCUGUAAAUGCAAUGAAGCAUCAGAAUAUAAAUUGGAUUUUAUUGAUGCUUCAGAAAACUAUGCACAAAUACUUUUGUUCGAAAUCAGUAGAGCAAAAUUUAAUUAUCGUUUUCUAGUGCAUGAAGAACUAACAUUAUUAAAAUUCGAAGAAUUUGGCAUAUAGAAGCAUACAUACAUAGGAAAUUUCCAAUAAUAUUUUCUCGUUAGAAAAUUGUGUUGCAAAACAUAAAAAGAACUGCUUGAAUGAAAAUGGUUAGGGUUGUACACAUAACUAUUUGCAAUUGAAUUUUGCGAAUCCUACAUAUAUUUCGUAUACAUUUUGCUGUGAAAAGGGUGGAAUCUACGUUCGACACAUAUUCACACAGUUAAUGAGUUCGUUUAUUAAGUGAAACAUGAGAAUUACUUGAAAUUUUCACCCAUUUUCGUAUUUGGUGAUUAAAAUUACAGCAUAAAUAUAGUUAGCGUAUAACUAACUGUUAUCAACAAAAAUCAUCAAAACUCAAACAAUUUAAAUUUCAUUGAACAUGUUUCUAUAUUCCCGGAAUUUGUAUGACGUACGAAAUUCCUUUGUUUACCAAAUAGAUUGUAUCAAUGGCUGGAUAGAAAUCACAAUUAUUUAUUCUCUCGCAUACAUAUAACCCAUAAAACAUAAUCUCCAAAUCAUGUAUGUUUCAACCCACCACAGAGCUAUACGCUUUCCUUCAUCAACUUGUAGGAAACUAAUUUAUAUUACACUAGUUUUCCCUUCACACAUCUGCCAACACGUUCGAUGCGUUCGUUUUACCGGGAUAAAGCGAACGGGGGACGUGCAAACCAAACAUUACUGCGAGCGUAAAACGCGUACAAUAGACGACAGCGAUAGAUUUGUCGCGAUGAUGUAUUGCAUCGACCGUGAAGCUUUUGACCACAGGUUGAAAUCUAAACGCCGCAUUACACAACCCAGCACGAUAAACCUCACACGUACCUAUACUCCCCUAUGGUCGGUAUAGGCCUUAAAACAAAACUGCAACUGGUUGAAAGCCACCCAUCGGUGUAAUUGCCGAUGCAACCUGCCUGUCAUCACCAAAACCCUGAUGUCCCGUGCCCCCGUCACCGUCGUACCGUCGUGGCCGCACGGUAAUGUCAGUGUCGGAGAUAAUCUGCGGUUAUGUUACCACUUUGUACUCGUUGAAAGUUUAGAUUUUAGGCGAGCGCACACAUGAUCCUCGCACAAUGCCGUUUUGCCCGUUUCGGUUUACAUACCCGCACCGGUGUAAGACGGCAAAGGCAGCCCAUCGGGUGGUAAUGUUAACCAGCGGUUUUAUUCCAGUGUGCAUCACAGAAUGCACACCACAACACCGGCCGUACCAGGUGGGAGAGGCCGUAUGCUACUGGCGGUUUGUAUACAGGGCCUAAGGAUGGCCCCCAAAAACCGGGUACGGAGCUGAGAGCGUUAAUCACCAUGAUUAUGAUCGGCACCACUAACAUUUGUUAGUCGGUUCGUUCGAAAUUCAACCGGCAGCCGUAAUCGUGCAUGGUACGAGUGGUCGGAUCUAUUUGCACGAUUUGCACGGGAAAGGUGUCCAGCUGGUGGUACGAUUUGCGUGUUACACAAACAUUUGAACUUUGCGGAACUGUAGCUGCUGUAUUCGAUGAAAAUUAAAUGUCAUCAUUUGAUAGGAAUCUAAUUAACAUUGCAAUACUUGAAAUCGUAGUUAAAUGUAUGGCAAAUGGUGUAAGGAUAAUUGAAAAACUUUGUAAUGUACAUCAAGUUUUACACAUUGCCGCAUAAUUUGAAAGUUUUUUUAUGGUCCAUAUCGAAUAGUAGUAGUAGCAGUAGUAGUAGUAGUGCAUACUUAUUGAUAGCAUUUGUAUCGUUACUACUUUUUAGACCAGCGAUGUCAAACUCAUUUUGGCUUGUGGGCUAAUUUGUUUGCAAACAAAAGUGAUCUUGCGGGCCAACUUUAAAAAGAUCACUUAUGUGUUGUAAAACCUACCUGAUUACUUACUUCAAUUCAAUUACAGUGUCAGUUGAAGCCGCCAAAAUCUUUCACUUUUUCCUUCGGUUGGUUGUCCAGAUCAACAGAAAGGUCCGAAAUUCUUUCGGCUUCUGUGUUUCUGGACAGGUUUAAAAUCCAAAUCCAGAAACUCAUGGAAAAUGGGCUUUGAAGGGGUAGAACAUAAUCAAACAUUCAAGCUGUGCCGAUUUCGGUUCUCAGAAUUUAUAUCAAACAUGCUAUGGCGGGUUAUUCGUAAGGAGAAUACAUGUGGAAAAACAUGUGGAGCAUUCCUGAGAAGUCGGAAGGAAAUAGAACUAAACAGUUGUUUGGACUUCAAGAGGGAUUCAAGAGCGUGUCAGUUAAGUGUAAAAAGAGUAUACAUACAACAAAUACAAUUUAUUCCACAAUUUCCCAAGGAACACCUCAAUUAAAAUCGGAUAAUAAUCAAUGUUCUCCUUAUUCAUCUGCGGGCCGGAUUCAAAGACCUCGCAGGCCGGAACCAGCCCGUGGGCUGUAUGUUUGACAUGUCUGCUUUACGUCUAAUACGUCUAAUGUUGAGUAUUCUUUUAAAAAUUCUGUUUUGAAAAAAAUGCAGUUUUUUACGGCGUAGAGAGUAUUGACACAAUCUCCCCAAACUUGGACAGAGUGAAUUGGUCUAAUAACAAUUCUAUACAGCAAUAAUUGGUUUUUCAAAUCAUGCUUAGAGUUCCUAUUUUUCUAAAUGUUCUUCUAAAUGUUUCUUAUAAGCAGCGCUUCUCGGCCUAAAGGCUAAGAUCAAAGUGUUUUUUAUAAGAAAACCUUUUGCCAAGAAAUACACCAAUAUACUUAACAUCAUCUUUCCAAGCAAUAUCCAAAUCACUUGUUUUAAGAAUUCUAUCUGGGAGACUUUUAGUUCCCGUUGCCCGGGUGAAGAACCAUAUCGAAUAGCAAAAAAAAAAACAACCAUGAAUCAAACCACAGUAAACGACACAUGGUUUUUUUGAAAAGUUGCUGAAAAGUCAAAUACACAACGAAAGUUUUUUUCCAUGAACUUUUGUAUCUUUGAAGUAUAACACUGAUAUGAUAUUUAUUUAUUAUUUAUUUGUUUCUGAAGAACGCAUAGGCCGUUGCUUUGCUAGUUUUUCCAGUCUUCAAGUAUUUUUUCUUUACUGUUACAUAAUUUUAUGUGAAACUUUUUAAUUUCAUUCCAUGGAUCCAAACACCAUCGUAACACUUCUCGUUCAUUUUUCUUGCAAACAAGUAAUUCAUCGAAAAUUCAACAGAACUUUUCUCUAUCGUAACACCGUGGGUACCGUAACGGCCUUUUAUUUUGAAUAUUUAACGCGUGCUAAAAUGCCUUUUUUUGGAUAUCACCAAAAAAACCAGCAAACAUCUUCAAAGCCUCCCACAAACGAACAAAAAAAAGCAUCCAAAAGCAACACUUCUCAUCAACAUGAACGACAGACCGGGACAGCCAAAAUGGUGUACGCGCUAACGAACACAGCGGUCCAUCCUUCGCUGUGCAUAAUGAUCGUAUACACGUUGUGUAAUUCCUUACCGAAAGCGUGCUGCAUAAUAUGGCAAGUCAGACAUCACUUGCCGGCCACGGAUACGUUGCUUCGAAACCAUCUAUAUGUGCAAUUUCAAUUUAAAUAUUUAUUAGGCUUGUGCAGAACUUGUGGUGUGCUAAUAUGUAUUACCUUCUUCAUCUGCUAUUCUCCUCCUCUCUCUCUCUGGACAGGCAUUUGGCUUCGUUAUAGCGGCGAUUAUUACCGAGAUACUUUCAUAACUAUUUGACGAACGAGUAAGGAUGGAUCGUCGACAUCAUUGCAGCCGGGAUUUUGCAGUGAUCAGUCGCCGCACGGAUACGCGCACCACACUGAGCUGAGUCCAAAUUCGAGACAAAUUCGAGUAUAUUGAGUGUAUCUCCCUCUCUCUGUGUGUGCGUAUUUAAUAAGGCAACCGUGAAAGACGACAGUGAGUGUAAACGUUUCACCAUGGACGAUGGAGACAUAUUUGGUUGGUGGUGUGACAAUUGGAAAGCGUGGCGUUACAUGGUGUCCUGUGCCAGCUACAGUAACAGUUCCUCUUCGCUCCUUUGGGGCCCCGAUGUGCUGUGCCGGUUCGACGAUGCAAGUGUACGAUCGAGCACAAUUACCACCGGUGAUGGUGCGGUGGAGCUACGGACAGGAAAUGGUACAGUGCCGGCCGGCCUUUAUCAGGCAGCUACCCAGUGCUAUCAGUCGUUUAAGUGUGCCCUACAUUCCUUACUUAGCGGUAGUGAUCGACACGCGGAAGAAGUGCGAUGGAACGAUGCGUUGUACGAAUGUGCCCCGGAACCGGUUCCUCCCGACAGUUGGCAGCCAGCGGAUACAAGCUGCCAGGGAGCCGCCUCACACAACAUAACGCUGAUCGUACGUCAAGUAUUCCAGCCAGUGUCGGAACUGAUCCUGAAGCUACCGAAGCUAUUACUCCAUCUGACCGACAUCAGCUACGGUAGCUUGGAACCGAUCGACACCGAUCGUAUGCUGGCCGGUGGAUGCUGGAACACUUCUCAGGCUCUCUUUUACGGUGACUCUAGUCGGCUGUUGCAGCAACCGGAACCAGUUCCACAAUCAUCCCAAUCGCCGCGUACUGCAACAACUGUACAAUCGCACCGGCUCGUCUGUGGCAAUGCAACCGGUGCACAAAGUUCAUUCUUCGAAAGUGAUGCGUUCGAGCUCGUGAGUGUGUCACUGCUCGAACCGAUCCAAUGCUGGAUGAACAUUGAGCUGCAGAAUGCACUGGUAAGCCACUCGUGGCUGAACGGUGUAGAACAUUCGGUUGCUGCUCUAGCCAGCUGGAACCAAACACAGUUCAUCGAUGAGAUGCCAGCCGGUGGUGAUACGUCCCAGGGCCGUUACGAGUGGAGUUUCCUGUUUGUCAUUCUGUUCAUAUUUGCUGGUGGACUCGGAAACAUACUCGUCUGCUUGGCGGUGGCACUCGAUCGUAAAUUGCAGAAUGUUACCAACUACUUUCUGCUCUCCCUUGCCAUUGCUGAUCUGCUCGUCAGCCUGUUUGUGAUGCCACUAGGUGCAAUUCCUGGAUUUUUAGGUUAUUGGCCUUUUGGAGUCACGUGGUGCAACAUCUACGUUACAUGUGAUGUGUUGGCCUGUUCGGCUAGCAUCCUGCACAUGUGCUUCAUUAGUCUCGGCCGUUACCUAGGAAUCCGGAAUCCGCUCGGCAGUCGGCAUCAUUCAACGAAGCGGUUGACGGGCAUAAAGAUCGCACUAGUGUGGCUGCUGGCAAUGCUCGUUUCUAGCUCCAUAACCGUUCUAGGCAUGAUCAACCAAAACAACAUCAUGCCCGGCCCCAACGAAUGUGUCAUCAAUAAUCGAGCCUUUUUCGUGUUUGGCUCACUGGUAGCAUUUUACAUCCCCAUGGUGAUGAUGGUCGUAACGUACGCACUGACCGUGCAACUCCUACGCAAGAAGGCACGUUUUCUCGAACAGCAUCCGGAGGGUGAACUAUUCCGAAGACUGGGAGGACGGCUGGCAUCCUCCAAACACUCCAAUAACUCUCAAAGUGAUGGCUCCUCCACUUCUAAUAAAGCGGUCGAGAUGAAGAAAUUCACCGUCAAUAACAAUAAGCAGCCGGCAUUUUCGCAGCACGACUCAUCGCCACCAUCGUCGUUGCCGUCGGUGGCCGCUGCCCAUAGUGCGCUUCCUUGGCGAUGGCACGGUACCACUACCGGCACCAGCAAAAUGGACAGAAUGAGCUCAAUCAAAGGCAGCAUGUCGCAUCCGCACCUUGGCUACAGUAACGGUGGUAACCGCACGAUCACCAGCGGUGGCAAACGUUCCCGUACCGUCUGUGACCAGGGCACCCAAACGCCGGACAGCAUCGAGCGUGAAACGAGGCGCCAAAAAUUCUGCUCCUUCCGGAUACACCUGAACAGCGUCCCGACGCCAGCGAUAAAUUUCAAUUUGAAGUUUCUUGGCAGCAAAAAGCGCACCAACUUAUCGGCGAACGCGGUCGCCACCGAGCAGAAGGCCACCAAGGUGUUGGGUCUAGUGUUUUUCACAUUCGUAUUUUGCUGGGCACCGUUCUUUAUACUAAACAUUAUAUUUGCCGCCUGUCCGGAGGCAAAGGUUCCGGAACGGAUCGUUAGCAUAUGUCUCUGGCUAGGUUACGUUUCUUCCACGAUAAAUCCAAUCAUAUACACGAUCUUCAACAAAACGUUCCGGGCAGCGUUUAUUCGUCUGCUGCGCUGUAGAUGUGAACGCUCUGGACGGCCACCAAGAUAUCGUUCAGUAACGGAUAGCCGCGGUGCGAUCAGUCUCUGCACACCGUCAGCCUUACCGUUGGCCAUAUCACUGCAAGGAUCAUCAUUACUUACCCCUUCCACUACACAGGCUACACCUUUAAGCGACUUUCGCGGAAGUUACGAAAUUACGGACGACGAUUGCUGAACAGCGUAGAUUGCGUUGCGACACCUUUCAAAACUUGUUCCAAAUAUUUGGAAGCAUAUUUGGAAGCAGUAGUACAGCAUUCGAAUGUACCAAAAUAUCACAUUCGUCAGUCCGCAGUUCCCUAUCACCCACUUCCAUAACAAGAUAAAACCCGUCCCAGAACGUACAAAUAAGUUCACUGAUCCUACCGAUGGCAGUUGAAUAGCAAUCAUUUUAAAUACUAAACUAUGUACUAGCACACCCUAGCUGUUACGGAACUCCACCAAAUAAGGCUUAUAGCGAAGGAAAUAAGAAAAUGACAGUAUUUUGUAAGGCAAUUAGCGUUGUUUGAACUGUGCACAACCCUAAAUGUGAUUUUAUAUAUAAAUGACGUAAACAAUA